AUGAAGGUUAUCUUUUUCAAGGCCCGAGCCGCGGAUCGAACGCGGGACCUCUCGCAGAUAUGCUUGGUCACUAGUCAUAGUCUCGAUAAGCCUCGCAGCUUCUUCAGAUUAAGCCACGGCAGCUCUUAUCCGGUCAGCUCGCCAGACCAAUCCGAGUGCUCACUACAGGGAUCUUCUCAAGCCCACCGUUGCCCCUCUUGGGUUCACCGUUCGGGACUUGCACCUCUCCCUCCGAGCGAGGAGUGUCGUUACUCUUUUGCUCCUGCAACCCGGAGCCAGAAGGCUGCAGACCGCGUGGGUCCGGUCAAGACCCGAAGCCGCAGUGGCUGUAAAGAAUGCCGCGCCAGUCGAGUCCGCUGCGAUCUGAAGAAGCCGAUCUGCACCAGAUGUCUUGAGAAGGGCUUAGUAUGCUCGACCCAACUCGUUCUCAAGUGGGAGUCCGAGUUCGUUAGCCGCGGCUUGGCUUUUGGUAGAGCCGGCGUUUGGAGUAAGGCUCGGGCUGCCGGCGGACUUCCUCCUCCUCCUGGAAAGUCUUCGGCUGCGUUCCUCCUUCGCGAUCAUAAAUGGUGUCCUAUUCCGCUUAUCGAGUCCUGGGGGUUUGUCAAUAGUGGGGUGUCGACUUUCGAACAGCCUUAUGAGGUUAAUGUUGCUUGUGAUGAGCUGAAUGCCCUCGUUGUCCGGGACAAGGGGAAGAGCCCGGCGCUCGGGCUGGAUGACCUGUUGGAUGAGAAUGCAGACUGGUCUUUAUCACCAUCGUCGUUGUCGUCUCCAUCCUCGAUACGUGAGCUCUCCGACUACUGCUCGCCUGUCCCACUUGUCUCCCCGCACCUGGCCCCGCCUUUGUCGAUGUUCCCCAGUCUAUCGGACUCCAAUCAGGGUCGCCUCUUUGAUUACUAUCUCCAACAAGUGUGUCCCCGGACCACCGCUAGCUCGAAGCUAUCUUCCCCUUUCGCCUCCAUCAUCCUUCCCUUCUGCAUGUCCGCAUCUCCAAUUCUUUUCAAAGCCAUUCAAGCUCUCGGAGCAUGUCACUGGUCCCGCUUCGACUCAACUUACAGCGUGAUUGGGCUCCGCCUCAAGUCCGAAGCCCUACGGGGCCUCCGCUAUCGCCUCUCAACCGAAGGCUCACUCCUCUGCUCCGCAGACCCCGAGGUCCUGGCAAUCAUGAUGAUGCUAUGCCUCUAUGAGAUUGUCGACAACUGCGACCAACGCUGGACAAUUCACCUGAAAGGUGCCAAAGAAUUGAUCCGGAUCCGUAGACAACAACAACAACUAACUCCCUCCCGUCCUCGCCAAUCCCUCGACCCCGUCUCGGCCUUUGCCGAGCUCUUCUUCGCUUUCCAAGACGUCAUGGGACGCACCGCCUGCGGCGAAGAAGUCCUAUUCGGAACAGACUACUGGCAAGAAAACAACCGCCACAUUGACCUCUGGAUGGGCUGUAGCCCGGAGCUAGUCUCCAUCCUCUCCUCAAUCACCGAAUUGAGCCGAACAAGACGCCAACUGACAUCUGAAGCUGCUCGCAAAGCAUUCUCCCACCGCGCCGCCUCUCUAGGCCGCAGACUCGAGAACCUCGUCCAGGAAACAACCGACGAUGACGACAAUAGCGACGACGGAAGCCUCCGCUCCGCCGCUGAACUGAAACGCCUAGCAGCCGUGCUAUACCUUCACUGCGCACUAUACGGCGCAUCACCCUCCACACCCCUGGUAAUCGGCUACGUCCGACGCAUUCUGCGCCUCGUAUCUCACCUGCUUGACUCUGGCCCCCUCGUCAGCAUGACCUGGCCUGUCUUCGUAGCGGCCGUUGAGCUGGACCCGCUUCAUGAUGAAGUCUGGCGCGAUGAUACCGGCGAGAGCGUGGUAUAUGGCCGGCCGUUGGUGUUGCGUGCGUUGGCAGCUAUGGCUGAGUCGAGUGUUUCGAACGUGGCAAGGACGAGAGCUGUCAUCGUGAAGAUAUGGCAGGCCAGGGAUAGUGAUAUGCUGAAGGGCUCGCCGGUGGAUGCAGCGGAUGAUAGUGUUGCGGGGUGUAAUGAUUGGGAAUGGUAUGUUGCGCCGAUUAGUACGGCGAUGAGUUUGGCUUGAGGCGCCUUGCUGGAAAAAUGAGGAAGUGUUGGAUGCACGGGUCACCCCUGACAUAUGCCAUGCAGCUGCGGUGGACAGGAAAAAGAGGACAUAGCGCUUUGUUUUGAUUACUUGAAUGACUAUAUGACUUGGAAGGUUUUUGUAGAAUUAGG